UUGGAUCCAACUUUUGAGCUAGCACCAGUUCAAAUGGUUUCUAAUACUGCAGGUGUAAGCAAACUUGCUUCCAGUUAUAGUCUCCUUUCUUCACCUUUAGAUGCAGAGAAGAAAAGAAAAUUCUUUCAAGGAGGCUCAAAAUCCAAUACUUCAUUGGCUAGCAGCAGAAAGCAUAGCGUUGGUCUGUAUGAUAAUACCUCAAGUUCUCCGUAUAAAAGAUUUGAAUGGAAGAGAAGUCCUGAAGAAGAGACCAUAUCCAGUUCUUUUUCUAGGAUGGAGCAUUUACAGUCUAGAGAGGAAUCAUUUUCUGGUUACCAAGAAGAUGCUGAUGAAACGGACAACCUCUUCAGUUACACAAGAAACAGGAAUGAAAUUGAUGUUCCACCCACACCAGCUUUCCCUGUCUCACCAGAAACACUUUAUGACAAGCAGAAUUGCAGUGAAGGCCUUCAACAAAGAGAAUUUCCCUCUGACAGCACUGAUGGGACAAGCUCUGUUUUUUUCACGACAGAGCUGCAAAGAUCUUCCUCACACAGGAAUGCUAAUUUUGCAAACAGAGAAGAAAGUGCUUCAGAAGCUGAACAGGUAUGGAUGGAGAGUCCGCUAAAGCCUACAUUGCCUUAUCAAUAUUCAUUAAAGGAGAGGAGUAGGAUGCCAGCGAUUAACCAGGAAUUGACUGUGUCCUUGAGCCCAGUACAAACGAUACUGAACAGUGACCUUGCACCAGGGCUGCAGACACUCGAAACAAGUAAUCCAGGCUGUGUAGCUGCAGAUGUCCAAGAGCGAUCGGGAAGCAAAAUUAUUCAGGCCAACUGUAAUUAUGACGGCUUUGUUCUUUCUAACAAUAAUCCUGUGCUCAGUGAGAAGCAGGUGUCAUUUUACUCUACUACAAAUGCUUCUCCUAAAAUGUUAAGGUCACAGUUUUCAGUGGACAAUGACAAUUCCUAUAACCAAGGCAGUCCAAUAUUACAGCAUGUAGGAAAAACCCAGCAUUCACAGCCACCUCUUCCAGAGAAAAAAAGAAUUUCUGAAAGUGAACGAUCAUUCGGCUCCAUUUCUCCUUCUUCAAGUGGCUUCUCAAGUCCCCACAGUGGCAGUACAAUCAGUAUUCCAUUUCCUAAUUUUCUUCCUGAUUUUUCAAAGGCCUUAACUGAUUCUUCACUCUCAGAUAACUCAACAGAUAAUAAGCACAUGACAGUAAAGUUUGUGCAAGACACUUCCAAAUUCUGGUAUAAGCCGGAUAUUUCAAGAGAACAAGCUAUCGCAGUUCUUAAGGACAAAGAACCUGGUUCCUUUAUUGUUAGAGAUAGUCAUUCCUUCAGAGGAGCCUAUGGAUUGGCUAUGAAAGUAGCUACACCACCUCCAUCUGUAAUGCAACUGAACAAGAAAGUUGGCGAUAUGACCAAUGAGUUGGUACGCCACUUUCUUAUUGAAUGCGUUCAGAAAGGAGUUCGACUGAAGGGAUGUCCAAAUGAACCAUAUUUUGGGAGUUUGACAGCUUUGAUUUACCAACAUUCCAUUACACCUCUGGCAUUGCCUUGUAAAUUACUCAUCCCAGACAAAGAUCCUUUGGAAGAGAUUGCAGAGACCGUUCCUCAGACUGCUGCCAAUUCUGCUGCAGAAUUACUCAAACAAGGAGCAGCAUGUAAUGUCUGGUAUCUGAAUUCUGUGGAAAUGGAGUCCCUUACAGGGUAUCAAGCAGUGCAGAAAGCUCUCAGCAUAACCCAAAAUCAGGAUCCACCUCCCGUGUCCACUGUGGUGCAUUUCAAGGUGUCUGCUCAAGGAAUCACUCUAACAGACAAUCAACGGAAGCUCUUCUUUCGAAGACAUUAUCCAGUUAAUACUGUAAUAUUCUGUGCCCUGGAUCCACAGGACAGAAAGUGGAAGAGAGAUGGACUUUCUGCAAAAGUCUUUGGCUUUGUAGCCAGAAAAGGCAAUGGAAAUGAGAACAUCUGCCACCUCUUUGCAGAACAUGAUCCAGAACAGCCGGCUAGUGCUAUAGUGAAUUUUGUGUCGAAAGUCAUGAUUGGUUCCCUGAAGAAAAUGUAG